UAUAAGCGGCCGCGCGCACGCGCCGCGCAUUACUGAGAGCAACGCACGCGCACACACUCCGCUGGACAUGGCCGCUCGCAUUUUCACAUUGGCAGCGCUGUGCGCGGCAGUGAGUGCCGCGCCGCCCGCUCCUCCGCGCCUGUACUCGCAGCACGCGCCUGUGCAACUGCAGCAGAUUAGCCCAUUAGACUAUUACUUGGAUAACCCGGAGGUAGCCAAUUAUUACAACCAAGGACAACAGAAACAGGCCUCCUCCAACGCUGGCCCUGGUGCGCCGUCUCGGCUGGAGACCUUGGAGCCCGACAGCGAGGUGGAGCUCAUCCCAGGAGCGCAGCAACCACAACAACCCCCGCAACAGACACCAGUAUCUCCAAACAUACCUGGUCUCGUCCCUGGACAGCGAGUCUUCAUAGUUCACAUGCCAGUACCUGGUUACAGACCUGGCACCAUUGGUGGUUACCAGCCCGUUUACAUAGUGGCAGCAGCACCUCAAGGAAAUGUGCAGUAUCCUGGCAGUGCGCAGUUCCCCGGCAAUGUUAAUGGCUACCAAAACGCAGUCCUCCUAGACCCGUCAGGCCAGGCAGUGUCCCCACUGCUAGGGUACCCUCGGUUUGGUGUCCAGCAGCACCCUGGCUUCCUCGUGGCACCGCAGCAGCAGCAGUUUGCUUACCAGCCGGAACACCCCGGCCAAUACCAACAAGCUCCGCAAGCGCCAUCUGGUGCGCGACCCGUGCAGCUGUCGCAGCUGAUCGCGCUGCAGACGCACGCCGCCAACACCGCCAGCAAUCCACGAGCUGCCAGCACCGACUCUCAACAAAACGCCGAGCCGAAGCGCCUGGCUCAGCUGCGCGAGAGCAACGAGAAGGAAGCGGACAACCGACGCAACUCCGACUCCCGCGACAAGCAAUAACUUCACUACUUUGAGAAAAUUCUUGGUCUGUAGAUAUUUAGAUAGCAAUGAGGAUUUUUCAUUCGCGUAAACCCUCAUUGAAACACAAGUUCUUGCUUAACUUUAAAAAAAAUUAAGGUUACACAGAUUAAUUUUGUCUCGAAUAUCGUUCUAAAAACAGAGCGAAUUGAAAAGCCUUAUACAAAAGAUAGGAUUCCUAAAACUCUUUUCUUUGUAAUGCCAUUUGAAAGAGUAGUUUCCUAAAAAAUGCAAAACAAAAUUAAUGAUAUUAAAUAAAGAAGUUACCAUGUUAAAUAUGUUUCUACAGACUCAAGAGUCAAUUAAAAAAAAGCGUGUAUAUAUUUUGAUUUUAUGUAGUAAUUUAUUAAACACGUACGAAAAGAAAUAAC